GUCGUUUCAAGUUGAUUUCAGUGUUGCUUUCUAGCCAUGAAAACGUUCCUAGUAAUUUUCGCUUUAGCGGCCAUCGCUAUUGCUAGUCCGUUUACUUCUUGUAAUCAUAGUCAGGGCACUAUCCGCACGGUAGAAAUCAGCGGCUGCAAGGAUACCGACCCAUAUUGCGUCUUGUAUAAGGGUACUAAUGUCAACCUUAGCAUAACGUUCGUACCGGCCAGCGAUGCUUCCCGGGUCACCGUCGAAGUUUACGGCCUCAUCUCCGGAUUUGGCAUCCCUUAUCCGCUGCCAAACAGCAACGCUUGCGCUAGAGGACUCAUUUGCCCGCUGAAAAAUGGUGAAACCGCUACCUACAAACACUCGUUCCCGGUCCGGAACGGCUUUCCUUCUAUUGCGCUCGAUGUCAUAUGGACUCUCUUCGACGAGAGAAAAAAUAGAAUCAUCUGCGCCAGGUUUCCCGUCGUAAUUCAGUAGAUAUUAAUAAGACGUCGUUAAUCAUUUGCUCGACAUGUGGUCAAAAAGAACGGCCACCAUUUUAUUUCACUGCUCUGAUUGUGAUGUUUGUGAGCAAUAAAGAUGCGAUA